AACCUCCCUGAAGGCGGCAUGUGUCAGCUGUUCAGUAGCAAGGUGUCGCGUCACUGGGCUGGCGUCGCCCCCGCUGCCGUGACCUUCGACGCAUGCCACACGUCCUGGGUCACGAACCCCGCCCGCCUCCACCCCGUCAGCAUGUCAGCCUCGAGCGAGACGGUGGGGUCGGAGGCGCAGAAGGCCGUCGAUGGCUUCCUCAGCUCGGAUAUGUCGCACUGCUUCUCCAGCGCCGUCGAGUUGGGUCCUUGGUGGCUGGCUGACCUGGGCGAGACGAGGCGCGUGUCCCAGGUCAGGGUUCACACGCGCCAGGACGGCGUCAGCGGCGACUUCGCGUCCGUCGAGGCUCGUCUGGGGGACUCGGCGACGCCUGCCAGCAACCCGCAGUUCGGUCAAAACGCCGGCUCUCUUCACGCGGGCGCCGAGGUUGAUUUCGCGCCCUCGACGCCCAUGAGCGGGCGGUUCCUCUCGCUGCAGAGUGUGGGCACUGGCCCGGGCGCGCUCACCAUCUGCGACGUCGAGAUCCUUGCAGAGGGCAUCCAACCCAAGAAAAUGAAAAACUGCCUGGACCAGCGCCGAGUGGGCAACCAGGUGGACGGCAUGUACGCCAUCUACCCCUACCGCUGCUGCCCCCGGGCCACCGUCAGCGUCUACUGCGACAUGAGCAGGGAUGGCGGAGGCUGGACGGUGAUCCAGCGUCGGCGGGACAUUCAGCCUCACAUCAACUUCUCCCUUUCCUGGGAGGACUACAAGAACGGCUUCGGCUACAGACCCAGCGGCGAGUUCUGGCUCGGGAACAGCCUCAUCCAUGCACUCUCGUCCCAGUCUCCCAACGAACUGCGAAUCGACCUGAGCGACUUCUCGGGCUUAACCACGUGGGCCAAGUACAGCCAGUUCUUCACUUUAGGCGUCGAGGAUAACUUUCAGCUGAAUGUGUCUGGGUAUUCUGGAACGGCGGGGGACUCCAUGGCCUACCACAGUGGGAAUAACUUCUCCACAGUCGAUAAAGACGUGGAUGCUGCCAGUUGGAACUGUGCAUACUACUUCCCUGGCGGAUGGUGGUACGCGGCGUGUCUCUCUGCCAACCUCAACGGACCUUACCUUGGGGCAGAUAACACCAUUUUAGGUCAAGGGAUAAUAUACAAGUCUUGGACAGGCCUCUACUACUCCCUCAACUCAUCAACCAUGAUGAUCAGGCCUGUGAACUGAUUUUUUUUU